AUGAGCGACGCCUGGCUUGCCCGCUGGAACUCCCGCCACCACACCUUGCGCUCUACCCCCCUCUGCCCUAGCGUUGGCUCAACCGACUUCAAGAAAUCGACCAAGAUGCAAAUUUUCGUCAAGACUCUCACCGGGAAGACCAUCACCCUCGAGGUCGAGUCCUCCGACACAAUCGACAAUGUCAAGGCCAAGAUCCAGGACAAAGAAGGCAUUCCUCCAGACCAACAACGAUUGAUUUUCGCUGGUAAGCAACUCGAAGACGGCCGAACCCUCGCCGACUACAACAUCCAGAAAGAGUCCACUCUUCACUUGGUCCUUCGUCUGCGUGGUGGUCUGAUCGAGCCUUCGUUGAAGGCCUUGGCUUCCACCUACAACUGUGAGAAGAUGAUCUGCCGAAAAUGCUACGCCCGUCUUCCUCCUCGUGCCACCAACUGCCGCAAGCGUUCAUGCGGCCACUCUUCUCAACUCCGUCCCAAGAAGAAAUUGAAAUAG